CUAGUCCUUGCGGGCUUCAAUAUGACCUUCCAUGUCUUCGGCACCAAUACAAUUUAUAGUAUUUUACAAGAAUUCUACACCUCCCCCGAGACCAAUAUUCGCGGUGCGGAAGGGCAGGACGCUCUUGUGUCUCUCGUCGGGACUAUCGGCAGUGGACUCACCUGGGCCGGCGGCAUCUUUGUCAACCCAAUGAUUGGCCACCUCGGCAACAUCAAACUCAUCUCUCUUGCCGGCGCGUUCUUCAUGGGCUUGGGCCUUAUCCUGGGUAGUUUCUGCAACGAGCUAUGGCAGCUGUACCUGACGCAGGGACUGCUCUACGGGAUCGGCACCAGCAUGUACUACUUCCCUGUCAUGUCCGUUACGCCUGCGUACUUCAACCGGAACCGGGGUGCCGCAAUGGGUAUUGUCCUCUCCGGCAGUGGCGUGGGCGGUCUUGUCAUGUCCCCAGUAUUCAACAUCCUCUUGAGUCGUCUUGGCAUUCGCUGGGUCCUCCGCGUUUUGGGCGUAUGGAACUUCGUGUUGGGUAUUCCCGUCUCUGUGGUAUUAACCAGGAAGCACGCCGCCGCCGCGGGUGCAACUGGUCAGAGUCGGAUCAGCAUGGCGCUAGUGAAGCGCGGCACGUUUGUUCUGCAGUGCAUCGGUGCAUUUCUGCAGGCCGCCGGAUACAACAUACCCAUAUACUACCUUACGACAUACUCCGUCUCGAUACUCUCAUACACAAGCGGGACGAGCAGUACGUUACUGGCCAUAUGCAAUGGCGUGAACAGCCUCUCAAGGGUCGGGAUGGGGAUCCUCGCGGAUCGCGUGGGACGUCAAAACACAAUGGUCUUGAGUAUCAUCCUCACCGCGGUGUCCGUAUUUGCCCUGUGGUAUGAUUCGGACCGUUCCCGCUUCACGGCAUUCGUCGUGCUCUACGGCAUCCUCUCAGGGGGCUACAACGCGCUGUUGCCAUCGACCAUAUCAGAACUAUACGGCGUGCAGAACUACUCGAGCGUCAACGGGGUCCUCCAGCUCGUCCGCGGCCUCGGCGUCAUGUUCGGGGCUCCUAUCGCUGGUGUCAUCCUUGGAAGCCACUCUCGGGGCGGCACACCAACGCCCUCGCGGCUGAGCAAACUUCUCAGCAUUAACGGUCUCAAGACGAGGUAUAAUGACGUAGUGAUUUUCGAUGGCGUGCUUCUACUGGCGUCUGGUGUUUGUGUAGCCUACGUUCGCUGGCUGGACGCUCGGGACAAGGGAAGGUGGUUGUGGCGAGCUUGACCGCAGGAAUUAUACGACCUCUGUAUCGCAUAUCGUCAUUCACAAUUAGGACCCGGGUCUCUCGAGCAAGCACCGAGACACACACAGGUGUUCCCGACCGGAACAAGUCAUUAUUCGUGCACCCCUCGACAUAGGGAGGAGUGAAUGAAUGCGGUGAUAUGAAGCCACUCGCAAAAUACGACAGUGAGCUGCAAGCCAUACAACUCGAUCCGAUCAAGACCGUGGCAUGCCCCGUCACCAGCAUUCCGGACUAACCACCUUCUACCCACGUACGACCAUGACCUUCUUCCCCCCAAACGCGACAGGGCCUACAACUGUCUUCAUAUGCACCGUCCCCCCACGCCCGUCGGCCUCCGCUCCCGCACGUUCUUCUUCGUCCUCUUCGGCCCUCCCCUCCUCUCCUCACCCGACCCCAGCUCGCUCUGCCCGGUCCCACUCUCAUCAGUGGUCGGUGGAGACGCGCGCGCAUCCGCGAUCGUAAUCGCAACCGACGACGCCGUCGACGCCCGCCCAGACGACGGCGCGCCGUAUGCCGCGGCGACGUCCCACUCCCACUCCGACCCCGCCUCCGUGCCCAUGCACACGCUGUCGUUAUUCACGCCUUCGCGGACGUUGACGUUCACCGUCGCUCCGACGGCGCGCGCCUUAGCUGCGGCCUCGAAAGCGGCGGACCCGCAAAACGGGAUCGCGGCGUCCGCAAGCGGGGUGUAAUCCGGCUGCUCGGGCGUGAGGAGGAGGACCGACGUCCCGCCCGAGGUCGCGGACGUGUAGGACAAGUUCGGCGACGUCGACACAGAACUGCCCCGCGAGAUCCGUUUCCCGAUGCCGGCGGCAGCGAGGACAGCCUCGACCGAGGCGCGUGCGUCCACGUCCUGGACCUCCGCGAUGGACACGCUGACGGACCCCAUCCGCUCCCGCUCCCUGUCGAGCGCGCUCGUGACUGAGUACUUGCUCGCGCUCUCGCACGAAACGUAGCUCUCCGCGGCCACACUCAGCGGGCCGACGCUCGCGCCACUGUUCCGUUGCACGCUCGCGCCGCUGUUCCGUUGCAAGCUCGCGACGGUCCCGCUGCUGACGGUGCUGACGCGCAUUUCGCUCGAGCGCGCGGAGUCCCUGUCGUCGUCCGAGUUCAGUGAGCCGUCGGAUUGUUCAUUCGUGAACGCCGUCGACGAGAGUAUAUUCGCCACGCACUCGUCCGAUCCUGAAAGGGCUCGCGCGAGGUCUGCAGCCAUACGGUGCUUAUGCUCGGGAAGCCAGUCCUGCUUGUCGGUACUAUCGCGGUUGGCGCCGCCCGUGACACCGCCUCGCACGCCGCUGAGCGAGUCCGGCGGGCAAGUGCUGCAUGAGAGAGUGUGUGCGUGGGGCUGGCGGUGAAGCGUGUUGAUGCUGUCUUCGAGGAUGGCGACGGGAGGAGAGCCGGGGAUGAUCGAGGUGUCCACCUUCUCGUCCUGCUCUGCGCGGGUGAUCUUUGGAGGGUCGUUCAAGCCUUCCUCCACGAUGCGCUCCAUCGACGGGUGACGCGGCUUCCUGUCUUUGCCGUGGCAGCAUGGAAGGAGUCCGCAGCGGAAGCAGAUGAUUCCACCACCGAUCGCGGUGAAAGUUCCUAGUAUAAGCAUGCCGGCAAGAAUGGCGGUCCUCUUGGCCCUCUCGGACGCCUCAGAGGAUGAUCUGGGAUUGGGAUCGCUGAGUUCAUGAAUUGUCGGUACGGCCAGGCCACGGGUAGUCGCCAGGUUAGGAAUGGGACGAGAAGAGAUCGACGUUGAUGUCAAGUCAGAUGCAGUAGACGUCGAGGAGGGAUCUGAGGCUGAGAUUGAGUCGGACGAGGAAAGUAAGGGAACGUUGGCCAGAAUCGCAGUAGACGCAGGAAUGGGGGCAGAUGUUGAGAUCGAGGUAGUUGUGGCUGAAUUGGUUGCUCCUUCAGGUUGAGGCGGAGGAGCCGUGAAGUCGUCUUGAAGUGGAACGACUUGCAGGGAAGCUGACGAGGCCGUUGGCAUGGAACUUGCGGGAGCGAUUUGGGGGUGCGAUUCGGGAUUCCAGUACUUAGUAACAUGGACUGCAGAGGAAGCUAGGGGUCGAGCACUAGAACCAGAUACCCCAGAAGCCCUAGAAGCCGUAGUGACCGUAGAGGAAGCAGCAGCGCGCUCGAGGGUUCCAGAUGUAGCCGUGGAGGUGGAUGCCUUGCCGGUGCCGCUGGAAGAUCUAGAGUGAGAACCACGUUCGGUUUCCGAGGUAGAAUCCAGCUGGAUUUGAGGCUUAGAGGCUUCAGCUUCAGCAGGUUUGGUGGUCAUGGAGUCGUCCUCCGCAACUUUAGGGGACCAAAUCGUCGGAGUGGCCUGGGGAUUGUCGACGGAGCUUGCGACUACGGACGAAACCGUAGCAUUAUGCGCUCGCGGCCUGAUUGCAUCACUGGAGUCCGUAUAAGCCGCUGAAGAAGGACCAAUCGUCUGCACAAGGCUAGUGUCGACUGUAGGGCUGGCGACAAGCAAGCUGUACUGGGGCGUUGGGGUAGAGACGGGGGUGGAGGCUGGAGACGGAUAUGUCGAUUCAGAUGCAGAUGAGGAAGGCUCUGCGACAACGCCGAGAGUAGGGGAGG